AUCAUAUGACUUUAAUGGAGGAGAAGAAAGAAAAAGAUCUCAACAUUUCUUAAUAUCAUACCCUGAGACAAAGAAAGUGAAGGCUCACAGCCCUGUCUGACCUCGACUACCUUCUUCAGCUUCUCCGCAUCAACUCUUAAGUCCAGUUAUUUUUUCCUGUCUCCAACAUGAAAACCACAUGCAUCACAAUUGUGUUUUGGCCCUUCUCUAUGCUAUUAUUAACAGAUGAAAGCCAGUCAUCUAAAACAGAAGUCAAAUAUAAUUUCACAGAAAAGAAUUAUUCUUUGAUUCCAGCAAACAUCAAUAGAAGUGUUACUAUUCUUGAUCUCAGUUAUAACCAAAUUACUCUGAAUUUUAGAGACACAGUAGUUCUACAGAAAUAUUUUUUACUCACUGAGCUCUAUUUGAUUCAGAAUAAUAUCUUUAUUUUACAUACUAAUAGCUUUAGUAACCUCUCCAGUCUAGAAGUUUUAAAUAUCUGUAGAAAUUCCAUACACAUAAUUCAACAGGGUACAUUUGCAGGUUUAAAAAACCUAAAACAGCUAUAUCUCUGCCAAAACAAAAUAUCACGAGUGAAUCCUGAUAUAUUCACACCUCUAAAAAGCCUGAUACUACUGAAUCUGCAAGGCAAUGUAAUAAGUUAUUUUCAUGUACCACAACUUUUUCACCUGAACUCAAUAAUUUUAUAUGGAAACCCAUGGAACUGCUCUUGCAAUCUACUGACUUUGCAGAAGUGGUUGAAUACAUCAAAUGUGACACUAGAAAAUGAGAACAUAACCACAUGCAGUGACCCAGAGUUCCUGAAAAACUACAGUAUCAAAACAGUGACUUAUCCAGAGGAAUGCUACUCAAAAUUUUCUUCACCUAUAACUGAGGAUUUUUACACUCAUUUUCAGUCCAUUAGCAACUCCACAUUUAACAGAUCUUUGAACAACUUAACACAAAAUUCAGAACAGGAACCUCUUGGGAAAAGUUGGACUUUUCUUGUCAGUGUUGUAGUCAGUGUACUGAUAACUUCAAUCCUCAUUUUUAUUGCAAUCAAAUGCCCAGUGUGGUAUAAUUAUCUGCUCAGCUACAGUCAUCAUCGCCUAGAAGAGCAUGAAGUGGAAACCUAUGAAGACAGUUUUACUGGAAAUCCAAGUUCUCUUUCACAGAUACCAAAUAUGAAUUCUGAAGAAACUACAGUAAUAUUUAAACAACCACAGUUGUUUGUGAUAGAUGAUGAUGGGUUUAUUGAAGACAAAUACAUAGAUACUCAUGAGUUAUGUGAAGAAAAUUAAUUUCUUUCAGUAUUUUUAAAAUAUUUCCUGAAUUAGCAAAACAAAUUCUCUGAAAUUUUAAUAACUAAUUAAAGUACAAACACAAUGUGCAAACACAAUCCCUAAAAAACUAUUAAUUAAAAACCAUCACCAUAAAGCAUGACUAUCACAGCUAAAAAGUUGGUGGUUUCCAAAAUGGGCAUCACAAUUAUCUAUGAGUUUUGUUUUCAAAAAUGCACUUGCUUUUCUGUGUAUCUUUGCAAGAUUCUAAAUGAAUUUAAAAUCUUAUUUGAACGAA